GUUUGCAUGAUUUGCUGUGAUUGCUCGACACUUGGGUGGGAUAAUAGGUGCUCGAUGUCAAAACUCAAAAAGUUCAAUCGAUCAUUAAUUUCGGAAUGUCUCGAAAAAUAACGGAUAUAAAAAAAAAGAAAGUGAUAGAUGAGGAUUUCAUGGCUGCUGGAAAUUUAAUAUCAUGGCUGAAAGGAUUUUGUACGAUUGGAGGGCUCUGGCCACUGGAGAGGACAUACAUUCGUGCCAGUAUUUGGACGAUAUAUCUUACAUUGCAUUUGAUAAUGGAGUACCGCGAACUUUUUACGGCUUUCGUGCGAUGCUACGAACCUUGAUAAAUGCAACAAAAGAUCAAUUAGCUGAGCAUCUUUAUGAGAAUCAUGAGGAGAAGAAGUUGUAUUUAAAGUACAAUUCCUUGUCUAAAUUGUAUUAUAAAUUUUCGGUUCCCUAUGUCAUGACUGCAGCAUGCGUAUAUUAUCUGAGACCUUUGGUAACGUCUCUUCUUGUGGGCAAUUUUGGCACUAAUGAUUCCAUGAUACUUCCUUUUCGCAUCACAUUGCCGUACACCAUUCUUGACACACGCAUGUAUUGGAUGACAUACGCCUAUUUGUCCCCCAUGAUAUAUCUAUUGGCCUGUCAUAAUGGCUGGAUAUGCGUACUUAUUACCGUUCAACUUCAUAUAUGCGGACAAUUAUCAAUAGUGGAGCACAGAAUAAGGAAUAUUGUACAUGUCACUGACCACGAUACUAGUCACGCCAUUUUCAAAUCUCUCGUUGACCGUCAUAGUAAAUCAAUUUGGAUGGCAAAAAGCUUCGAUGAUAGUUUCCAUUUUAUUCUACUACUCGAUCUCAUUGUCAUGACUGUUCUCUUGGGGCUAACAUCAUACGUUAUAAUAAUCGGGCAUGGAGUAUCGGAAAGUUCAACGGCACCUGUCUUCGGUAUUGCCGGAACAGCAACUCUUCUUCUAAUUUAUGGCUACUGCAUCGUAGGCGAAUCUCUCAUUUCCGAGAGCAGCAAAGUCCAUGCAGCUUAUUAUGAAUGUAUGUGGUAUGAAUCAUCAGCCAAUUUCAAAAAGGCUGUCAUGAUUUGCAUGCUUUCCUCGCAGGAACCACUUCGCAUGACAGCUGGAAAAUUUUUUGUCUUCUCAUUAACGGCAUCCAACUCAAAUGGCUAUUUCUCUUUUACCAUUUUCCAUUUUCUAAUAUUGCAUAUGUCUCGGUGGCAAUGGCCCUUCCAGGAAGAUGAAAGUCAACUGAGAGAAGCGAAACAAUUAUUUGCGUGGAAUCGAAUGGUCUUCAUAAUAAUUGGAUUAUGGCCAUUAGAACCAACGAUUUAUUUUUUUCACACUUGGUUGGUGUAUUUCGCAUUUCAUCUGUCAAUGGGUUUUGUAGACUUAGUGCUGGUGUUUGGAGAUCUUGAGGAGGUCGUUGCCAAUGUUUCGGAGACAGCUUUGGAGAGUAUGAUAAUAGUGAAAAUGGUUGUGAUGAAGUAUUCUGAUAGUCUCCGAGAAGCUGUAAUGAUGGCAAGGGAUGGACUAAUGGAGGAUAAAUUUUUACAAUCCAAAGAGAAGAAAAUUUAUCUUAUUUAUAACGCCAUUGCUAAAAAGUUCUUUAAGUGGGCGGUAACAUUUGCAUUCAUUUCAGCAAUAUUGUACCAUCUGAAGCCUAUGGAAACUCGAUUUAAAGCUGCAUUGGCCAAUGAAACAGUACCUAUGCUAUUGCCCUAUCGAUCUCAUCUGACUUUCCAAUUGACGGAUAUGACAACGUACAUUCUUAUUUAUCUCUAUCAAUCGCCCAUGAUUUACAUACAUACGUUUCACACUGCAGCGGUAUGCUUCCUCAUAACUCUAGUGCUCAAUGCCUGUGGACACUUGGCUAUCCUAGCAAGAAGAAUAAGAAGAAUUCAGCCUGAUAAUUCCACAAGUGUCGAUCAUCAACUUAUUAAUUCAGUUCAACGUUAUCUCCAAAUAGUUAGAUUUGCCAAACUCAUCGAUAAGAGUUUUUGGAUUAUCCUUCUCGAAGAACUAGUGACAACUACAGUCUGCCUGGGAUUGGCAUCCUAUAAUGUACUCGUGAAUGCAGAUCUUGCUGACACCACGACUUUUAUGACAUUCGUUAUGUAUGUUUUUACAAUGCUACUUCUAAUAUACGGAUAUUGUUUUGCUGGAGAAUACUUAAUUACCGAGAGUAUGAAUGUGCAUGAAGCAUAUUACGAGUGCAACUGGGCUGACUUAUCGUUCAAUUGCCGAAAGUCAUUGACGCUGUGUUUGAUCGGAACGGAAAAACCGCUGCAGUUGAGAGCUGGUGGAUUUUACACAUUCUCAAUGGCAGGAUUCACAGGAAUCAUGAAAACUGCUAUGGCCUAUCUCUCGAUGCUACGAACUUUGAUCAGUGCGCCGGAAGGAAGUGGUGUGGAAACACACAACCCCCACACACACGCACAUCCCAUCCGAAAUCGAGAUGACGGCGGAGGCUAGCAGCAUCUAUGCUACGACACUCUCUGCCAGGGAUCCAGGGACCUUCCUCAGAGCUAUUAGAGUUAUUGAUAAACUCGGAAAGUGGCUCCGCGGUGCGGCUCGAGGGAACACAUUUUUCUCUUCUCCUCUAUUCAAUUUAUAUACUAAUUCAACCCAUCACGACCACUUGCGAGAAACAUUUCUUCCAUUAAUAUUAUCAUUUUUCAAUGUUAAAAAUAUUUUUUCAUUAAAAAAAAUAUAUAGUAUACAUUUUUUUACC